GCUAGGGAUGCUAUAGCCAGCCCAAUAGACUAGUGGUUAGAGAGCGAGCCGCCCAGUGAAUACUCACGCACGGUAAAGCAAUACGUAUCCCACGAUCGGCUAAUCCCUUGUGCUUUCCGAUCGAUCGAUAUAUAUUGGCCCAAACACUAAUCUUAUCCCUUCCUUCUCGCUCGAUUCUCCACUUGCGUACGCGCACCCCGGCCGGCCCGAGCUCCUUUUCGCCAGACGAAGGAAGCAGCUAGCUGGCCACUUAACUUGCUCCCGUGCUCGCCUAGCUAGCUAGCUAGCUAACACCCAGCUGCCCUAGCUCGCUAGCCAGCAACCUAUGCGAAUUGGGGAGGCGGCAUGAGCAGCAGAUACGAGGGCGGCGCCGCUGCGGUGGCGGCGGCGGGAGCUGGCGCGGGUGGCGUUAAGGAGGGCGGCGGCCGUGACGCGCACGAGGACGACCUGGUGAUGCCGGGGUUCCGGUUCCACCCGACGGAGGAGGAGCUCAUCGAGUUCUACCUCCGCCGCAAGGUGGAGGGCAAGCGCUUCAAUGUCGAGCUCAUCACCUUCCUCGACCUCUACCGCUACGACCCCUGGGAGCUCCCAGCGCUGGCAGCGAUUGGGGAGAAGGAGUGGUUCUUCUACGUGCCGAGGGACCGCAAGUACCGGAACGGGGACCGGCCCAACCGGGUGACGGCGUCGGGGUACUGGAAGGCGACGGGGGCGGACAGGAUGAUCCGGGCGGAGAGCAGCCGCCCCAUCGGGCUCAAGAAGACGCUCGUCUUCUACUCCGGCAAGGCGCCCAAGGGCGUCCGCAGCAGCUGGAUCAUGAACGAGUACCGCCUCCCCACCGCCGACACCGACCGAUACCACAAGACAGAAAUCUCUCUCUGCCGCGUCUACAAGCGCACCGGCAUCGACGACGGCCGCGGCCACCCCUCCUCGGCGCGGUCGACGAUGCCCUCCCGCCGCGGCGCUGAGGCACGGCAGGACAACAGACAAGGGUCAUCGUCGACGUCCACGCCCACGCCGCCGCCGACUCCUUCCAAGCUCCACCUUCUCCAGGCAGGCGAGUGCACGUCGCCGCCGGCGCCCAUCACUACGGAUCACGCCCAGGCGCACAGGCCGGCGGCUGCUCCACGGCAGCAGGUAGCAGAGACCGUCAAGCCCUCCGGUGGCUCAUUAGGAUUCCUACAGUCGGCCGCGGCAGCCGACCGUCAUCAGCAGGAGGGAGCCGCGGCGUUGCUGUACCAGCAGUACUCCAAGAGCACAAACACCUUCGCCUCGACGUACUCGCUGCUCAACCUGGUGAACGCGGCCUCCAUGGGCGUCGCCUCCGCCGCGGCCAUCGACGAGCUGAGCACGCUGGUAGGCCACGGCGCCGCCCAGCUGCCGUCCUACCACAGCCCCGCGUCGACCGGCGGCCACCACAACCACUUCGUCGUUCCCCUGCCGACGCCGCCGUCGCAACCAAUCACCCCGCUGGGAACGCUGCCGAUGUCGCUGGCCGCCAUCUCCGACAAGAUCUGGGACUGGAACCCGAUCCCCGACGCGGUGGCGGGCAGGGAUUACGGUGGCGCCGGCUUCAAGUGACGGAUCAAGGGGGAAGCGCGUGCGCGGCAAACAGUGCAUGCACCCGUGCAUGGCUAGCUGUGCAACCGGUACAACUCCACCUUGUACACCUCCCUCUUUCUCUCUCUCUCUCUCUCUCCCCACAGUUAUUAUUCUUCUGAGUAAACGAACAAUUAGACCAUUAUAGCGUUCUUGGCCAGUCCAUAUAUAGAUCAUCCCUUCUUUCUCAGGUAGUACGUGCUCCGGUAUGAUCAAGAGAAUUCAGGAUAGAUAAUUUGUAAUUCCUGAUGAGUCUAUAUAAUAACCUCAUCGAUCGAUUUGACAUGAUA